AUGCAUUUCCCUGUUCUUCUCGUUUUGGCUGGAACUGCCUUCGCCGCACCUCAUCUUGCGAAGAGACAAAACCCCUGUUUCAUCGUCGGUAACGAAGUCCUGCCCGAAGAGGUCGCCUCCUCGGCCGCAGGACUGGCCUCUGCUGUCACCUGUGACACCUCGCGAACCACCAUCGACGGCGUCCCUGAUGUGAACUCAAACGGAGUGACCUUUUCCUCCGUCAACUUCGCCGAGUCUGGUCAAUCACCUUUGGCCUUCGCUCUCGACCAAUUCGCGACUUCAUCACCGCUGGCGGAUAACGAUGUCAACAAGUUCCAGAAUGAGCUGAAUGUUUACCUUGCUACUGAGGCGGGUAUUAGGGCUGCUGGAGGAAACCUCGCUAUCAAGGUCCCCAAGUUCUUCUUGCAAUUCCAGAUUGCUCGAAUUCAACAGGCCCAGGGCGCUGUGUCCGACAUUCCUGGCAUGACCGUGGAGCACCAGCUUGGAAAGGUGGUGAAAAAUGCAGCUGGAGAAGACCAGGCUCUCAUUGACCAAGUGAACGAAUUGGCUGUUAACUUGAACUAA